UAGACAAGACCUCAUUUCAUAAAGGUCCGUCGCGUGUGAAAGUUAAAAAGUGAAAAAUGACAGGUCGCGGAAAAGGCGGGAAAGGUUUGGGAAAGGGUGGCGCCAAACGUCACAGGAAAGUGUUGCGUGAUAACAUCCAGGGCAUAACAAAACCAGCCAUCAGGAGAUUGGCGAGACGAGGCGGAGUGAAGAGGAUUUCUGGGCUGAUCUACGAAGAAACCAGAGGAGUUUUGAAAGUGUUUUUGGAAAAUGUAAUCCGCGACGCUGUCACGUACACGGAACACGCGAAGAGGAAGACUGUCACGGCCAUGGACGUCGUCUACGCCUUGAAGAGACAGGGACGCACGUUGUAUGGUUUCGGCGGAUGACUGCAAGAAUGAAGAAUUAAAUAGGGGAAUAUUUGGGUGGGUUUUAGACAAAGCCCUUUUCAGGGCUGCA